AUGAAAAUGAUGAAGGGAUUAGAGUAUGUGUUCUAUGGGGAAGAGCUGACAGAGCCUUCAGUCUGGAGAAGGCUCAGUGGCAGGUCUUACCAGUGUGUAUUAAUACACAAAGAAAGCAGCAAAGAGACAGAGCCAGUUUAUUGUUUUCUGUUCUGUUUGAUCCCUGUUCUUCACUCAGAGUAUGUUUUCUGCUUUUCCAGGACAAAUAAAAGGCAUUGUACUUUAUAUGAUGGUCAAUCUUGCAGUCUCUCAGGAGUGUGUCAUAUUCCAAUGUCAGAGCCAUUCUGCACUAAAACCAGAGAGGUUCUUAUUGAGACUGCAAAGAAACUUGGGCUCCAGUGUCAUUCCAAGGGGACAAUGAUCACCAUUGAAGGACCACGUUUCAAUUCUCGAGCGGAAAGCUUGAUGUUUCGUAGCUGGGGAGCAGAUGUUAUCAACAUGACAACAGUGCCUGAAGUGAUUCUUGCAAAAGAAGCUGGAAUGAGUUAUGCAAGUAUCGCUAUGGCAACAGAUUAUGACUGCUGGAAGGAGCAUGAAGAAGCAGUUUCAGUGGAUAAAGUUUUAAAGACGCUGAAAGAAAAUGCAAACAAGGCUACUAGCAUCCUGCUGAGUGCUAUACCUCAGAUAGGUUCCAUGGAAUGGACAGACACCCUGCACACCCUGAAAGUAAGUACAUGGAGGUCAGUUACUACUGGGGACAAUGCAAACAUACUGACAUUUAUUACAUGUUCCCAAAUGUUUCUGCUUAAAUUGUAAAUUUUUAGAGUGUGUGCUUUGACAAAUCCAAUCCACUUAAAAUGGGCAAAUAAAUUCAUUAAGAACCUUGCAAGCUUUGUUUUGAAGAUCUAGCUUCAAUUUUAGCUUCAGUUUCAUAGGAAAUACUAUAGAACUUCAAAUGUUUGAGGGUUUGAAAUCCUACCCAUUAUAGCAUAGGUAAGAUUCUGGAUAAGUGUACAGAUUGAAAACCUUUACCUGUGCUCAGCUUUAACUUAGAACAGUGAGACAACUGGGAAAGAUUGGACCACAUCGAAGAUACUACAUCCGCUUCAGUUUGUAGGAGAGGAGUUUGUUGCAACAUAUGGGUAUUAGCCAGUUUGGUGUUAUUAAAACCAUGUUCAUUCACAUGCUUUCCAGAUCCAAAGUGCAUGAAAAAAAGAGUGGAAAAGAAUACAUUACAGAAGAUCUCGGUAAAUGAAUUUUUAGGUAGAAUUUUUUUGUAGAUAAGGAUUCAUUUUUACAUUUACAUUAGACAAGAAUUUGUUUUUAUGUUUUACAUUAUUGCAGUUUCAGUGGAGUGCUUGAGAUUCCUUUCUGGCUAUAGGGUAGAGUAAGAGAACGGUGUUAAAAAUAGUUUGGAUGUCCAUCCGACUUCUCAACAGGGUUUUUGUGACGCAUGAGUACUUCUGACAGUGUUAGGGUGUGCAGCAUGAGAGGAACUGAGAGUUACAUUGGGAUGGUAUGGCAGAUGGGGAAGGAGAAUCUGUAUGUGAGGAAAGCAAACAGAAGAGGGCCACAGAGAGCUGUAUCAGUGGGCGCAGCAGCCUGAAAAGGAGGAAGCCUUUUAGGGAAAUGAAGGAAUCCAAUCUCCGAUGACUCUCUCAACUUCCAGGUUCUUUCUUUGUCUUUAAAGAAACUUUUAGUUUCUUUACAGUAGUAAAUUUGCUGAAGUUUGAGUGAAUAAGACAGAAAAAAAUAGGCAUAAAUCAUUCUUUUUAUGUCACCCUGAAACUAAAUUAUCAACAGAACUGCCAGUAUUAGUAAAAUCAUCGGUGUUCUGAUGGAGAUAAAAAUUGAUUUUUUUUUUCCAAUCUGGUUCUCUGGUCAGUGACUGUCACAUGUACUUUUAAUUAAUGUCCUAAAAGAAAGUCACGUUAAGUAAAAUUUCCUGUGAACUCAUUUCAGCAUAUUUGAACAGGCCAGGUUCCACCAAAAUCCUUGAAAUUAGUGUUUUGCUGAUUCUUAACUAGGCAAUGUAGUCUUUUUUAGGAGACCUUGGGUUAUGUUUAUCACUCUUCCUCACCCAAGUUCCAGUUAUCUGGAACAGGUGUUAGUUAUUUUUCGUGUCCCCUCUACACAUUUGUGAGAGACAAUAGGCUUUUCCCAUUUUCCUUUUGCAGUCUUUGAGAAGUUGUCUUGAAUGGAUAAGAUAGACAGCAGAACCAGACCUUCUCCCCUCUAAUUACAGAAGACGUUUUCAGAGGAUUAAGCUGCACUUUUGUUUAAUACAGAUCCGUACUUAUUUAA